GACGUCUCCGCCGCUGAAAAGCCCUCGCUUUUCCUCAAAAAGCUCGCUCUUUGCUCCCUCGUCUUCGACUUCUCCGAUCCCGCCAAAAACCUCAAGGAGAAGGAAAUCAAGCGCCAAACCCUACUCGAGCUCGUCGACUACGUUACGACCACCAACUCGACCAAGCUCGCUGAGCCUGCCAUGCACGCCGCCGUCGAAAUGGUCGCCGCUAACCUCUUUCGGUCUCUGCCUUCAUCGAAUAACAUCGAUUCGAGAUCUGCCGACGGGCUCGAUGGAGACGACGAUGAGCCUUCCAUGGACCCGGCGUGGCCGCACCUUCAGAUUGUUUACGAGUUCUUCUUGAGAUUCGUGGCAUCGCCGGAGACUGAUGCGAAGAUUGCUAAGAGAUAUGUUGAUCAUUCUUUUGUUUUGAGAUUGCUUGAUUUGUUUGAUUCUGAGGAUCAGAGAGAAAGAGAGUACUUGAAGACUAUAUUGCAUAGGGUUUAUGGGAAAUUCAUGGUUCAUCGCCCUUAUAUCCGAAAGGCGAUUAAUAAUAUUUUCUACAGGUUUAUUUUUGAGACAGAGAAGCAUAAUGGGAUUGGGGAGUUGUUGGAGAUUUUGGGGAGUAUAAUUAAUGGGUUUGCAUUGCCGUUAAAGGAGGAGCAUAAGUUGUUUCUCGUUAGGGCUUUGAUUCCUUUGCAUAAGCCAAAGUGUGUUGGGGUUUAUCAUCAGCAGUUGUCUUAUUGUAUUACUCAGUUUGUGGAGAAGGAUUUUAAGUUGGCGGAUAUAGUGAUCAGGGGGCUGCUGAAGUAUUGGCCAGUGACGAAUAGCUCAAAGGAGGUGAUGUUUCUUGGAGAGUUGGAAGAGGUGCUGGAGUUGACACAGCCGGUGGAGUUUCAGAGGUGUAUGAUUCCGUUGUUUCGGCAGAUAGGGAGGUGCCUUAAUAGUUCACAUUUUCAGGUUGCUGAAAGAACUCUGUUUUUGUGGAACAAUGAUCACAUACGAAAUCUCAUCACUCAAAACCGCAGAGUGAUUCUACCAAUAAUCUUCCCAUCUUUAGAAAAGAGCACAAGAGGUCACUGGAACCAAGCAGUACAGAGCUUGACUCUGAAUGUUAGAAAACUCUUCUUGGAUUCUGACCAAGAUCUUUUUGAGGAUUGCUUGCGCAAAUUCCAAGAAGACGAGGCGAAAGAGAAAGAAGCACAGGAGAAGCGCGACCUUCUAUGGAAGCGGUUGGAAGAUGUCGCUGCAUCCAAAGCUACUGUCAGCAAUGAAGCUGUGCUUGUGUCGCGGUUAGUUUCUUCAAUUAGUUUGGCAUCAAAAACUAGCUCUCAAACCGUUGGUACGUAAUUUGAAGUGGAAGAAAAUGAUGGCAUUUUUGGUGGGUUGGUGCUUUGUGUUGUGAGAUAUGUUGUAUUAAAUUCAACAGUUUAGGUAAGUGUGUGUAUAAUUAGAAAAUAUUACAGAGACUAAAGCUUUCGGAUUAUAGUAUUUAUUUAUUCAUAGUUAAGGGAAGCUUUUAUAAUGCCAGUUAAUGUAAUUCUUGUGUA